UCCAAUGUCCAAAUGAUCGUUACGCUUGGCACGACAAGCACGACCAAAAAAACUCAAGUACUGCAAAAGUGCUCUGGUUUUUAACAGACGAGAAGUUUCAGCAGAAUUCUCAGAAUUAUCGGUAUCAAGGGCAUAGGAAGAUAAUUGUUUGUGGCUCUUAGCAUCAUAUUUUCAAACUGAUUCCAAAUUAUCGUGUGAGACGAACGGUUGGUGCACGAAAGGAGAGCAUCUAGACGAUUCGUACAUUCAGACCAUUGAAGGAGUUCACAUUUCAACAGUAAAAUUUAGUGAAGUGCUUUCUAUUUUUCUGCGACCAUCGUUCCCGGAACAAUGCCGCAAACAAAUGAAUAUGGUCAACCAGUUGGUGAUGCUGUGCCCGAUUGGAAGCCACGUCCUCCACCGGCGCCCGUAACACUAAACGGUCGUUCAUGUCGUCUCGAACCACUGAAUACAAACAAACAUGCUGACGAUCUUCACGCAGCUUUCAGCCAUGACGAUGGUCGUCUCUGGACUUACAUGCCAGAUGGUCCGUUCCCCAAUAUACAGGAAUUUCGAAAAUUCAUCGACGCGGAAGUGUGCAAUGAUUUUCAAGAUUUCGCCAUAGUCGAUUUGGCUACAGGAAAACCCGUUGGAAUGAUAGCACUCAAGGAACCCGAUCCGCAAAAUGGAGUAGUUGAAGGCGGGCGAGCUGUUUUUUCUCCGUUGCUUCAGCAAUCGAUACUCUCAACUGAAGCACAGUUCCUGUUAGCUUCGUAUGUCUUCGAUCAUUUGGGCUAUCGAUGUUAUAAAUGGCGUUGCGGCAGUCAUAAUGCAUCGGCACGGAAAGCUGUCGAACGAUUGGGAUUCAAAUUGGAUGGUGUAUUUUGCAAGGCAAGAGUUCAAAAAGGCCGAAACUUUGAUGAAGCUUGGUUUUCAAUUACUGAUGACAGGUGGCCUGCAAUAAGAUCCACUCUGCAAACUUGGCAUGCAUUAGACAAUUUCGAUGCACAAGGCCGACAAAUCAGAAAAUUAGAAGAUAUACGAAGAGCAAUCGAUCGAAACAUUAAUGGAAUUCCUUCUUCACUCUGAGAAUAAAUGUUGAAUAUACUCACAUUUUUGAAAUUUAGCAUUUGUCGAAUAUUUGUUAUCUUUAAUUCACGCGAUU